AUGGAAAAUAACAACUCAUCAACAACCAUGAGAGAACUAGGGUUUGACUGGCCGAUGUUCACCGGUCAAAACCCUACUGAUUUUUUUACACCGGCGCCGUCAUCAUCCACCGUUGCUCAACAGCCACCACCACCUCCUGCUAUGAACACUUUCACUUCAAUGAGAUCUGUUAAUAAUAAUAAUAAUCUUGGUUUUGAUUCUCAACACUACCUUAAUAGUUUUCAAGAAACCCCUUUUGUUGACCGAAAUCUUGAUAUCGAUUUUAGUAGGCUAAGUAUCUCGAGAAACAACCCGCUUCUUGAUUCGUAUAUGAACAACGUUUAUCCUACUAACCGGAGAGUCAUGCCAGCUCCGGUUAAUAGGACUAAUAAUAAUGGAUGUCAUGAUGCUAAUAAUAAGAGAUAUAAGUUUCCGGGUUCGUUGAAAGAUGUGAGAGGGAAGGUGUAUUCGGUUGCGAAGAAUCAAGAAGGAUGUCAAUUCUUGCAGAUGAAGUGUGAAGAAGGAAACUCUGAGGACAUUGAGAUGAUUUUUAAUGAGAUUAAAGAUCAUAUGCGCGAACUUAUGGUUGAUGCGUCGAUGAAUUAUCUUGCUCAGAAAAUGUUCAAAGUGUGUAGUGAAGAACAGAUGACACAAAUUGUUGUUUCUUUGAUUUCUGAUGAUGGCAAUCUUACAAAUAUUUGCCUCAAUUCGCAUGGGACUCGGGCAAUGCAGAAGCUGAUUGAACUUGUUAGAAUGGCAGAACAGCGGUCUUUGAUUGUAUCAGCACUUAGGAGGAUUACUGUUACCUUGACCAAAAACACCAAUGGUCAUCAUGUCAUUCAGCAAUGCUUAAAAUCCUUCCAAGUUGAUGAAGUCCAGCCAAUUCUGAAUGUAGUAUCAGAUAACUGUCUAGACAUUGCUACCGACAAAAGUGGAUGUUGCGUACUACAACAGUGUGUGUUACAUGCUACCGGGGCUUCUAAAGAGCGACUCAUGACUGAAAUCAUAGAGAAUUCCCUUCAUCUGGCUGAACAUCCUUAUGGGAACUAUGUUGUGCAACACUUACUAGGAAUGCAGAUACCGGAAGUGACUGGUAAUAUACUGCGAAAGCUUGAUGGGAACAUCGUCCCUCUUGCUUCAAACAAGUAUGGAAGUAAUGUGAUCGAAAAGAUUUUGAAGGAUGUUCCUGAUGAUCAGUCUACACCUAUCAUCCGCGAGAUUUUAAACAGUUCGCAAUUUCUAGAUGUUAUUCAGAAUCCUUAUGGCAACUAUGUUGUACAAUCUGCGCUACAGGCUGCAAAGGGACCGAUCAAGGAGAUAAUGAUCAACAGGAUUCAGAAAGACUAUCCGUAUUUGCACAGUCAUCCUCAUGGAAAGAGGGUUCUAGCAUUGGCUAGGAACAGCAAGCCGAGAGGAUCGACUCAUGCAUGA